AUGCCGCUUUCUGGUAAUUUCAGACGGGAAAUGUUGCAAGCUUUGAAAAAUGCUAAAAAGGAUAAACAGGAACAGAAUUCUGCUGAAGAAACAACAUUACAUGAUACCAAUGAUAGCGCCGUGAGUCCUGUGACCCCUGCGACAACGGUUAAUGCGAAUGAUCCUUUUAAUAAGAACAAAGAAAUCGGCAAAAGAAGGAAUUCAUCACCGUGA